GUUUUGUCUUGUCUUCUCCUGUGGGUUUUGUGGUCUUUUUCUUUUUCGCGUGUUUUAUUUGUUGAAUUUAUUUAGCAGAGGAAUUCUUUUUGCUAUGUCUGAUCUUAAAGUUAGCACCACGUGAGUUGCUUGCCUUUAGUUUUUUGAUAAAUUAUCUACCACCUAGUUAGUUUCAGUGUCAUCAAAAUACCUGCCAGUUUCAUCUUUAUUCGGAGCACGCAGCAGGGGGCUUUUGUUUUUUCUUCCCUCAUUUUAAAUUUUUCGGUAUUGAUAACAGUAGUGGUUUGGUUGUAGACAGAGGGACAAAACUUUUUUUUUUCUUCGUUCGAAUGAAUUGCAGUUAGAAUUUUGCAGACCGAGAUUUUAUUAGUGUUUCGAUCCAAAAGACGUAUUUCAAUGUUUUAUUUUCGAUCAAUUACUAUUGUGCAUGCGGUUGUAUUUGAACUUCUUUUUGAGGGAACCAAAUGAUGGAUCAAACAUUUAAGGCUGUUUUAUGCUUUCUAGUUAAGAAUCCAUCACUCGUCAGCUCCUACGUCUUUUCUUGCUAGGUACAAUGGAUGUAUCAUCUAGUCAGCUUUUGCUAGGGUUGUGUUUUUGUUGUUUAUGGUGGUGACAAUGUCGGAUGUGCAUAUGUGCAAUAUGGGUAUUAGUGACAAAUGCUUGCGACAUGCUGUAAAUUUUGAAGCUCAGAGAGCAUACAGGAACUUUUUAGGCAGAAACCUUAGAUCUAAGCACAAGCUCACUGAGAAGUUGUUGAAGGGUGUAGAUAGCUGUGAAAAGAAGCCAUCUUUGAUCGGUUACAAUGGCCUUGAUGACUUAAUUGUCAAUGAUAGAUAUAGAGAAAAGUUGCGUGAGAGUCUUAAGCUCGAUAAUAGUGAGUUUGAUGCCACCUCGGUAUGCAAAAGGUUCCCUUCCAUUACUUUAGGUUGCUUUCCGACCGUGGAAUUGUAUGAUGGGCCCGCAUACUAUUCUCAAAUUCUUGAAGAAUGCGAUGCAAAUUGGUUGGAUCAAGAAUGUAUGUACAAAGAUCUGCAUUCUUUGUAUGCAGAAAUAUCUAAUAUGAACGCGUCAUAUAUUCCGGAAGAAAAGGUUGAAAAGCCCACUACCUAUUCUCGGUUGUCUGUUGAAAGCACAGAAACAACAAAUACUUCACAGUCGACUGCAGAUAAUGCUGUGCUUGAGAUCCAACAAGCUGCAGCUUCAGUUGCAGAAAUUCUUGAUAAAUCUAUCAACUGCUUGCCCGGGCUGACCAAACGCCAGCUCAGUCAGCUGGAGAACUGUGGCUUUCACACGUUGCGGAAGUUGCUACACCAUUUUCCUCGAACAUAUGCUGAUUUACAAAAUGCUGAGGUGGAAAUUGUUGAUGGACAGUACUUGAAUUUUGUUGGAAAAAUAAAAUCUUCAAGGGGAAUCCGGGCUAGUAGUUCAUUCUCAUUUCUGGAGGUGAUUGUGUCGUCUGAGGUUCCGGAUAAUGGGCCAAAUUCUGAGUCAGCAGCUGAUCAAGUUGAAAAUAGAAGUAUGAGAACAGUACAAUUGCAUUUGAAGAAAUUUUUUCGUGGUACCCGCUUCACAUGCAUGCCAUUUCUCAGAAGUAUCCAGGAAAAGUACAAGGAGGGAGAUAUCGUGUGCGUCAGUGGCAAGGUGCGCGCUAUGCGUAUUACCGACCACUUUGAGAUGAGGGAGUUCACCAUUGAUGUGGUUACAGACAAAGAUGAUUCGUGUGUUCUUGCAACUGGGAGGCCUUAUCCUAUUUAUCCUUCGAAAAAAGGUCUCAACCCUGAGUUUCUGAGGGAUAUUAUCUCAAGAGCUUUAAAGACAUUGCCAGUUGAUCUUGAUCCUCUACCUAAGGAUGUCACUCAGGAUUUUCAACUUCUCUCACUCAGAAAUGCAUAUGCUGGAAUCCACCAGCCCACUGAUUUGGGCAUUGCCGAUUUAGCUCGACGAAGGCUUAUCUUUGAUGAGUUCUUCUAUCUUCAGUUGGGAAAGUUAUAUCAAAUGCUUGAGGGUCUUGGUACAAAGGUAGAGAAAGAUGGGUUGAUUGAGAGAUACACGAAACCCCAGCUAAACGCAUCAUUCAUGGAGGAGUGGUCCUGUAUCACUAAAAACUUCAUGAAGGUUCUUCCAUAUAAACUUACGGCCAGUCAGCUAAGUGCAACUUCAGAAAUCAUUUGGGAUCUAAAACGACCAGUUCCAAUGAAUAGACUAUUACAGGGUGAUGUUGGAUGUGGGAAGACUGUGGUGGCAUUUCUAGCAUGCAUGGAGGUCGUCGGCUCAGGAUACCAGGCAGCUUUUAUGGUUCCAACUGAACUAUUAGCUAUCCAGCAUUACGAGAACCUUCUUGGCUUGCUCGAGAAAAUAGAUGAAGCCAGUCAAAAACCUUCUGUUGCCCUAUUAACAGGCUCAACCCCGACAAAACAAGCACAAACCAUUCGCAGGGGUCUGCAAGCUGGAGAUAUCUCUAUGGUCAUUGGAACUCACUCUUUAAUAGCUGAAAAGGUGGAAUUUUCAGCUUUAAGGAUUGCCGUUGUAGACGAGCAGCACCGUUUUGGUGUUGUUCAAAGAGGUCGCUUUAACAGCAAGCUAUAUUUUAACGUCAUUGCUUCCCAAUUGACGCCGACCAACUCAAAUGGUCCUCAUAUAACUGAUGUUGUCAUGGCUCCACAUGUCCUUGCCAUGUCAGCCACACCGAUCCCAAGGUCGCUUGCCCUGGCGUUGUAUGGCGACAUGUCCCUUACUCAGAUUACUGAUGUACCACCUGGAAGAACACCUGUGAAGACAUACGUAAUAGAAGGAAACGAAGAAGGAUUCGAGGCGGCUUACAAGAUGAUGCUUGAAGAAUUACGAGACGGGGGCAAAGUAUACAUGGUGUACCCCGUGAUCGAGCAAUCCGAACAGCUGCCACAGCUGCGGGCCGCCUCAGCCGAUCUCGACACCAUCUCCCGAAAAUUCCCAGACCACAAAUGCGGGCUUCUUCACGGGCGCAUGAAAUCCGAGGAGAAAGACGAGUCCCUCAGGCAGUUCAGGUCAGGAAAGACACACAUUUUGCUCUCAACACAGGUGAUCGAGAUAGGAGUUGACGUGCCAGACGCUUCCAUGAUGGUGGUGAUGAAUGCCGAGCGGUUCGGAAUGGCCCAGCUGCACCAGCUGCGGGGAAGAGUUGGCCGAGGAGAGAGAAAGUCGAGGUGCGUUUUGCUGGGGUCGUCGGAAUCCGGGCUGAAGAGGCUGAGAAUUCUGGAGAAGUCGUGCGAUGGGUUCCAGCUGGCGAACAUGGAUCUUGUUAUGCGCGGCCCUGGGGAUUUGCUCGGGAAAAAGCAGUCGGGCCAUUUGCCCGAGUUCCCUGUGGCUAGGCUCGAGAAAGUUCUGGAAAAGUCCCAUGACCUGGAGAUUUACCCGGACCUGAAAGCCGAGCUUAGCAUGCGACAACCACUGUGUCAUCUUGGAGACUGAACUAUGAUGCAUCCAUGUAUAUUUGUAUUUAUUGCCGUUCGUGCAGCUUUCUUCUAGGAGAACAUCUGUUGUAAAUAACAGUAAGUUAGCAAUUAGCUAAGCACUAGCCUUUGUAAGUUCUUUUGUGUUACAGUUACAGCUUUUUUGCUGACUUAGGAUGAAACCAUGUUUAGGUGAAGCUACACUAAGCCCCCGAAACAUUUUGCGAGUUGCCCCAAAACUUAAUUGAAAUUUCGCUGUACUUCAUAUAAAAUGUUCAAAUUCUUCACUUUGCAC